AUGAAGCGGGGGAAUGCGGCCAAAAUAGGCGCAGUUAUUAAUAAAAAGUAUGUAAAACGUCUUGUCCAAUAUCAUCGUUCAGAUAAUAAUUUAUCACGGGAAGAAGCUUUUUAUAGAUUCAUAGCUCAGUGGAUUAAAGAGACGAUAAGUGAUGUGACACCAACUAGUCUGUUACGUGCAUUAGAAACAAACUUCAAUGGUAUUGAAAGAUGUCAGUUUGAGAGACUAGUAGCAAUUUUUUUCAAAUCCAUUAGUGAUGAAUGUAAUAUUGAUUUUCGAAUGCCGAAGGAGAGUGAAUAUCAAAGUUCAGUUGUAGUUUUACAUGAUUCAAUGCAAUUGGAAUCAACUAGACGACGUUUGUAUGGACGCUAUAAACUAGUUAUUGAUGAAAGCGAAGAUGAAUCUGUCGCAAGAUUUUUAUUUGAAGAAGGUUAUACCAAAAGUACGAUUUAUUCAAUAUUAUUAACAUUAAUCAAAAAUUCAAAACAAUUGCUACCACAACAAAAAGUACAACAGUCAUUGACAAUACAAGAGCUGCAUGACACAGAUGACAAUAAGAGUAGUAAUAAUACUGCAGACUUUGAGCAAAACAGACUCACAACAUCUAAUUCUAUAACAUUUCUUAAUAUACAUCAGUACACACAAUUAACGAUCAAAUCAAAAUCAGUCAUUGAACAAAAUCCACUUGAUUUACAACAAUGUUUAUUAUGUACAAUUCUAUGCAAACUUCUUCAACUUGUUUCUCCCGAAUCUCUUGUAUUGAAACUACCAUCAUUUGAAGAUUCGGUAUCAAACUGGAUUUCGAAAAUUUACUUCCAUGAUCAAGAACAUUUUAGUGUAGAGAAUUUUAUUCGUAUACUUACAUCUCCAUCCGAUAAUGAUUUACAAUUUGACGUUUUAAAUCAGAACAACAAUCAAAUUCCAUUGAAUAUUACAACCAAAAUAACAAUAUUCACACGAACAAAUGCUUCUGUUGAUGAUUCUAAUCAUCCAUCAACAUCAACAAAUCAGUUACUUGCUAAUUAUUCUAAACGUCUUGAAACAAUAAAUUUAGCUUCUAAUUCAUCCUCAUAUAAAGUAUGGUGUAUUUGCCAAAGAAUUGCACUGACUCUUUAUUUAAAACUUGUAUUUAUUAUUAUCGUUCUAGUAUCAUUAAAAAUAAUGAGCUGUUAUACAAGUGAAUUGUACUUGUUACUUAAAAAUUUACCAAUGUUAAAAUCAUUUACUUGCAUGUAUGAAAUGUGCUGA